CAUCCGGGAAGUGACGGUGUCCUGCAGAGGCAGAGCUAUGGGCUGCGGGGGGAGCAGGACUGACGCUCUGGAGCCUCGUUACCUGGAGAGCUGGACCAAAGAGACGGAGUCCACGUGGCUGACGAGCACCGACACCGACAUCCCCCUGUCAUCCAUCCAAAACAUCCCCUUUGACAACUCUGAGAUCGGCUUCGCUUCUGAGAAAACAAUCAGCCCCGUUCCAGAUUUCUUCGAAGAUGGCCUUCCUCCUCCCGCUCAGGCGUACCUGAAGGUUUGCUCGGCCGUGUCUGAAGCCAGUCUGAGUGACGUGAAGCCCAGCAGCCCGCCGUCCAUCCUGUCCUCUCCGCAGAAGGACGUGUCGCCGUCGUCGGGCACCACGGUGCAGCGAACAAGUGUUCUGCACACCGAAGAAAUAACAAAAUGGCAGGACAACAGGAUGUCCACCAAGCAGGUGACCAUUACCGUAACACAGAGCAUCCAUCAGGUGGACAAAAACGGCAAAGUUAAGAAGUCCCUCACCACCUACGAGGUUAUGAAACCCGUGGAGACUUUAAAGGACCUCAUCUUGACCUCGGGC